UUUGUAUUUACUGAGACGUUUCUGUACAUUGUGAAAGCAUGGGUUCCACGCAUUAAUUUAUUUUUAGCAGCAAUUUAACAGCAAUGGCGAUGUUUCGUGGCGUCCGAGCACGUCCCCGCGCGAUAAAAGCGCCGCGCGCGCGUGUCGCGGGGGGUCGGCGGCGCGGUGAGCGCGCGCGACGUCGUCGAGAUCCGUCGGAAUUGUUUCAGCGCAAAACUUUCGAUAUUGUGAUGAUGGGCUGCGCGCAUGCGCACUGGAGUCAUCCUGGCCAAUUUCUCAGCACUCGUGGGAGAAUUUGGUGAGUAAAGCCUGUGUGCUUGGCUAUUACACGGUGUUCCUCAGAUGUGAUGGAGUCGUCGGGCCCGAGCACAGAGUUUGAUGUGUACGGGGCGAUGGACUGGAAGGACGGAGUGGGAACACUGCCUGGCAGCGAGCUCAAGUUCCGGGUGAAUGAGUUUGGGGUCCUGGAGGUCAUAACGGACGAGAUGGAGGAGGAGAGGGGCAAGAGAGCUCACGCCAUCACCACAUGGAGCGUCCCCACUGCACACGAGGGUAACACCACCAUUACUCCGUCGUGGGCCCAGCGAGGCCUCGUGUGUGUGCGCUGUAACAGGAAGGGCUCGGUGGUGGACUUCCUGUCUGACGGGCUUCACUGCAGUGAGCGCUGUCUUCAGCAGGAGCAGCAAGAAGAGCUGAAGAGAGAAGGCUCCAGAACAAACGGAGAGGCGCUGGGGAGGAAGAGAUCCCGUCUGACCGAGAGACUCGCUGAAGACAUGGACAGCUCGAUGGAGAUCGCCGAGGAGGAGGACGAUGAAGACUAUGAAGAGAAAGAAAGCAGGCGACCGGCACGUGGGGCGACGAGAGGCCGCAGGAAACGCAGAGGAGACGCAGCGCUGCUCAGAUACACGGUUCCGUAUGGAGGCAAGAAGAAGGCGUGGUGUUGGGCCUCGUACCUGGAGCAGGAGAGAGCCGUCGCUGCGCCCAGUAAACUCUUCAAGGAGUAUCAGUCAUUUCCUCAGUGUAAGAAUGGCUUUAGGGUUGGGAUGAGACUGGAGGGUAUCGACCCUGAUCACCCGUCCAUGUACUGUGUCCUCACCAUUGCUGAGGUGCUAGGACAUCGAAUCAGACUGCAUUUUGAUAAGUAUUCGGACUGCUAUGACUUCUGGGUAAAUUCCAACUCUCCUGACAUUCACCCAGUGGGAUGGUGUGAGAAAACCGGACACAAGUUGUAUCCACCGAAAGGGAUGAAAGAUGAAGAGUUUAGCUGGUCCUCUUACAUCAAACUCAAUAAAAUCCAGACGGCACCCAAAGCCCUGUUUCAGAACCAGAACAUGACGGUGACUCCGUCAGGGUUUAGGCUCGGUAUGAAGCUGGAGGCCAUCGAUAAGAAGAAUCCCUCGUUCAUCUGUGUGGCCACGAUCACAGACAUGGUGGACAGCCGAUUCCUGGUGCACUUUGACAACUGGGACGAAAGUUAUGAUUACUGGUGUGAUGCAACGAGUCCUUAUAUCCAUCCGAUUGGCUGGUGUCAAGAGAAUGGCAGGACCCUCACCACCCCUCCAGGAUACUCUGAUGUGAAGAACUUCUCCUGGGAAAAAUACUUGGCAGAGACCUCCUCAUUACCAGCUCCCGCUCGAGCCUUCAAAGUGAAACCUCCUCACACUUUCCAGCUCAGUAUGAAGUUGGAGGUGGUUGACAAGAGGAAUCCUGCUCUGAUCCGAGUGGCCACAGUGGUUGAUACAGAUGACCAUCGACUGCGGAUCCAUUUUGAUGGCUGGACAGAUGAAUAUGAUUACUGGAUCGACGCAGACAGCCCAGAUAUUCACCCUGCCGGGUGGUGCGCCAAAACCGGACAUCCACUGCAGCCGCCCAUCACUCCUCAGGACAUGUUAGAGACGUCUGAGCAGAGCGGCUGUCCUACAGCAGGCUGUAAAGGAGUGGGUCACAUCAGAGGAGCGCGCUACUCUGGACACCACAGUGCUGUGGGUUGCCCGUAUUCUGACAUCAACCUGAACAAGGACUCGGUUCUGCCGGAUCGCUUGAGCGGAGAGAUGCCGGGAAGCGGAGUGGGUCGGCCACGCAGAGCAGAACCGAACACUGAGAUCUCAGCUGACGCUAAUGACAAACCCAUCACCUCUGCCCCAUCACACCUGGAUAAACCCAGCACGCCGCUGAAGAAGCCCAUCGCCACAGAGACCAAGCGAAGGGUUGGUCGGCCCUGUAAAGUCCGGAAGGUGGAGGAGCUGCCUCAGGAAGAGGAAGUGGAGAGUGAGGUGUCAUCAGUCACUGAAACCAAAGAGCUGACUCUACAGCAGGCUUUGCACCAGUCUGUGUUCAUGCCGUGUUCCAGCCCAUCUCCCAGCAUGCCUCACUGCUGGGAUCAGCACAGCAAGCUGCUUCCAACAGUGGCAGGCAUCACAGCCAGUAAAGUGGCAGUGUGGAGCGUGGAUGAGGUGAUUGAGUUUAUCCAAGGACUUCCAGGCUGUAAGGAGCAAGUGCGCACCUUCAGAGAGGAGCAAAUUGAUGGCGAGGCCUUCCUGUUAUUGACUCAGGUGGACCUGGUGAAGAUCCUCAGCAUUAAACUAGGGCCGGCUCUAAAAAUAUAUAACUCUAUUCUAAUGUUUAAAACAACAGAGAACUCUGCCUGCAACGAACUCUGACCAGACAGCCAAGAGAGUUCAGGACUGCUACAGUCAAAGGGCUCGUCAUGAAGAUUCAUACAGCACACACCACACUAUUAUACAUGAUCAACUCAAUCUAGUUUAUUUCACAAAUGAGCAGGUUAUACACAUAUAACAUAAUUCAGAAUUCAUUCAGACAGCACAAGAACGUUUCUGCACUUCAUUAAUAAUCAUAUUUGUACACACUUAUUAACUCACAAUGAUUUCUGGUAGUGAUCUUUCAUUAUAAUGUUGUCUGUUGGAAUGUAUAUUUACUGAGGGGUUAGCGGAGAACUAGCGCUUUUCUAAAUUCAGGUGCUAAUUGAAUUCAGCUACAUGCACUGAAGAGCCGCACAAUGUCUACUUGACUCAUUGUUUCUUUUAAAACUCAUAUUGAUAUUUCUCCUUUACUUCAUAGCUGUAGAUAAUUUUAGUGUUUGGAAAGAGUUCUGGAUGGAGGACUUGUAGAAGGGGGUUGAAUAUCAGAGCAUUAGAUGAACACAUGGGUCCUCUUUGAUAUUCUUGUUUCCAGUGUGCUGUGAUGUCAUAUUAAUGCAUCAUGCCACAUUUCUUCAUUACUGUUACGAUCAUGGAAUGUCCUUAUUUUCUUUCUUUAUUUGUUUUGAUACAAUGGAUGUAGGAAUGGAGAAGGGAGGGUAAAGCUACACACAAGGCACAAUAAUAAUAGUGAGAGCCAUAUUUGGUAUUGUGUAAUAGAAUGUAAUAAUACUCAGAAUGCCUUCAUGUGCACAGUGUACGAAGAAAAAAAAGUGCAAUACGUAUUAAAACGUAUUAAUUUUAUUUCGAUUGCUGACGUAUGCAGCAUUAAAAUACAUGAAGUUUCACAUCUAUUUAUUGAAGUUUAAUACUUUGAUUAUAUAAAUAAUAAUGUGCUUAUCAUAUGUCAUUGUGGAUAUGUAUGUUAACAAACCAAAACAGUUUGUGUUGCUGUUUUUACUGACUUUUUAAAAUGAGUAAACGUGCUCAGCUGUAUGAUUUCCCAUAUUCAGAACUCAUUUAUCAUGUAAGUUUUCUUUUCUUGCCAUGAAAGUGUAUAAUGAACAGUUAGUUUGGGGAUUUCAAAUUUAAAUAUAAAAUGUGUAAAUAAGCAAUGGUUUAAUGUGAAAGUGUGCAGCACUGUUGAAUGGACUACUAAAAGUCAAUGUUAUUCAUUUGAAAAUAAACUUGAUAAUCGAAAGGUC